AUGUGUCUUGUAAAAAGCUAUGAGACGCGCGGCCCAGGCGUCCUAGACCCGCCUCCUCGACGUGGAAAUUUCACGUCCCAGCCACCAGCAGGCGUCAUGCGUCUACCACGCGAAUGGCGACGCUCAGGAAGCUAUAGUGAUGAUGGGCGAUAUGUCGAGUAUAGGCGGUCUCAGCCUAGGGCAAUCGAGUACUAUGAGGAGCCGAGGCGCAGUACUACAAGGGCAAGAAGUGUGUCCAGGAGGAGAGUUAGUGAUGUUGAGCUUAGGACGCCGAGGGAUAGUUAUGUGGAUGAGAGGGUUACAAGGAGGAGUGUUAGUCGGGUGAGGCAUUAA